UUCUCCAUCAUGGAAAACCACUACCCGGAGCCCGCCCGUUACUACCGCAAUUCGUUUCGAACUUCUCAAUCUACAACACCGUCCAAUAUUAAUUACCCUCCGCCGCUCUCAAGAUUUGACUCUACUCCUACGCCCUCCUCUUUACGCGACUCUCGAGAAAAAAGACGCAGCGCGGCAAGAAUGAACAGUUCUCGAUCAAUCCCCCACAAUGGCGCCACGUGCAGUAAUAGCAUGUGCGAUGCUCCUGAAAUUGCAGCGGAUGAACGGUUGUGUCCAGGACCAGAAGGUCGUCACCUGUGCAGCCGAUGCUACAAGCGCUACAAGAUCGAACGUAGGCGCGCCAAAGAUGCUCAACGUCCCAUGACAAACGACUGGAUGAAACCAGGACGAGCCCGCUCAAGGAGCACAGUCGAGGAGUCUCGUACACUGCAAAGAGAACCACGAUAUCGCAGUGAAGCAUCAAAUUCCGACGCACACAACCCAGAGUCUAUUAAACGGCCUUCUCCGGUCAAGACAUGGUCUGCAUCCGAAAAGACUCCAAGUUUGCACAACUUCCCGACUGCUUCUGUGGAAGAGUACAACCAGCACGACUCGCGCCCACCUCGGAAGAACAGAUCACGCCGUGGUAGGGGUGAGCAGCAAUACGCUCGAACUGGGCAGGAUGAGGCCGACUUCUAUAAGUAUGGCGGAGCGGAGGAAGAUGGCCAUCACGACAACCAGCGAUGCUGUAGUAACCUUUGGAAUCGCAAACGCAAAUGCGUAAUCAUCGGAUUGGCCAUCAUCACCAUUGUAGUAAUGGCGAUCGUCAUUGCGCUCGCGGUAACGCUCACGCGCAAACCCGGGUUCAAGUACGUGCCAUCGACCGCUCAAGUGAACAAUACAGCAGCCUUCGAUUCCGGUGGUGCUACUCGCAAGAGUGUGACCGACACAAGCAUUGGUAUCGGAGCUGGUGAGGACACAUACACCUAUUACCAUGGGAAUGCUUCGAAUUUUCCGUCAAAGGAUAAAUGGGUUUCGUUCGAAGACAUGUGGACAAAGAACUUGGAUACCUUCAAAUAUUCCUGCGGAUGGUUGGGCAACGGCGACAACAAUACCCCCGAGAUGAUUCAAGACAUCUACGACGCGAUUCAAGACCGAGCUGCCGCCUCGCUUGUAGAUCACCGUAUCAUUCUAGGCACCAUCAUACAAGAAACCAAUGGAUGUCCAUUGAAUCCAUCCACUACCUCGUCCGGAGGUACAAGGAACCCGGGUCUAAUGCAGUCGCACAAUGGGCAUGAAUAUGAUCCCAAAAACAGUCGCCUUUCGAUCUUCCUUAUGAUUCAGGACGGGACGCAGGGCACUGAACAUGGUUGGGGACUGGUGGACAAUCUGAACAUCUACGCCAAUCCUUAUAAGGCUAUGCGAGGCUACAACAGUGGUUAUAUCCCCAAUAGUGGUGACCUUUCGGAGGAGUCUGGGGCAACUGCGUGUUAUGUGACGGAUAUUGCGAACCGACUCACUGGAUGGGUCCGCGCAAAGUCAACAUGCCCGGGUGAUACGCAUUGA